AUGUACACUCGGACACGUCAACCCAGCGGCAACCUGCGCAAAAUCUCCGAAAUCAACGAGCAGGACGAGGCCAUUGAGCAGCACAUCGUCUUCAACCCACGCGAGAAUGGAUUCACCGUACUGAGGAAGCUGUCCGAGCGGCUCUUCCGCAGCAAGAAGGAAGACCAAGAAGACAGCGGCCACGAAUCGGAUGGCCGUACGGAAAGUGAGGCUGAUACGGAACUUCCCUAUGGACGACGAGAGGGGAAGGAGAAGCAUCACGGAAAGGUCUACAACAUGCUCCGAUGGGUGGCCACUGUUGGCAAAAAGAAGUCACCAGCCCCCGAAAAACAA